GCCUGCCUCUACCUCCUAAACGCUGAGAUUAAAGGUGUAUGCCACCACUGCCCAAAAGAACAUUUGAAUAUCAAGUGCCACUUUUAGACUUAAAAUACCAACCAUGAAUAAGUGUGGAUUUAGCCUGUUGGUUUAUACCAUUGAGUUUAUACCAUUGAGUUAGUGAAUCACACUGUACCUUACAGAGGUGACUAAAGGGAUUUUUAGGGUUCUGAUUGAAGGUUUGCAGAGGAGAGUGAUGGGCAGAAGCUGAUGUUGCCAGGCUGUGCAGAGGAAGCUGUGGAGGCCAUGGAGAGUUCAUUCACUUCUGGGAGUGUGACAUCUUUGGACUGCCAGGGAGGUGUGCUGGGAGGUGUCAGAAGCAGUGUGUUUCUAAGUGGAGAUAAGGCAUGGCCCAUGCCAACCUGGAGCUGUUUUCACUGUGCCCUCCUUGGACCCUUGUCUCUUCUGUGAGCAGUCUCAGUGCCAGGUUAGCAGGUGGGCUGUAUUGUACUACUGCCAGGCAGGUCCUCCAGGCUAUGUAUAUUGCCUGGCCUUCCUCAAGUCUUUCCCCUGUUCUUUUUCUUUGUCCCUGCUGAAGGUGGAGCAAUGUGUGGAAACAGGCUAGUAUUGCUUGUCUCAUUCAUAGCUUGUCCCAAGUCUGGCCUGGGUCCAGUCUGCACUGCAUGUAUUCCACAGGGGCUUGGCCUGCAGACCUCAGCGGAAGCCAGUUGUCUUGUCUGCUUCUCUGUUCCUGGAAAGCCUUGCCACACACAGCCAGGGCUGCUCUGAGUGUUUCCGGUCUCCAUUGUUGCUGCUUGUUUGGGAGCUAUUGGCUCUGGUCAGAUAUGUGGCUGUGCUGUUAUUUUGUCCUCAUAUUUGGAAGGAAAUUGGUGGCUGAGAGGAAGGGAAGAGCCACAAAAUGUCAAACCCAGCAGUGGCCAUCUGACAUGGCUGUCUGCUAAUCACCAUAAUAUGGAAUGAAAACGGAAGCAUUUGAUUUCCUUGCUUGCCAGGUUUAGACCAUAUUUUAGUGACUCUGGAGUCCUGAUUCUUCCCUGUAAGGAGAAAUUUUGUAGCAGUCACCAGCAUUGCUUAAGUUUUCUAUGACUGGAACUUUCCUGGUUGAACCAAUGGCAUAGGAGUCCCUGUGUCCUUGUGGGUUUAGAGCUGGUGUGAGCUUCUGGUAUAUCCUUCCCAGAGCUGAAAGAUAUGUUUGCUGGGGGAAGACAGUAGAGUCUCUAGGUGUAGCUUCAUAUGAUAGCCACAUAUCCAGAGAUUGCUUGCUGUUCCUGCCACACUCCCUUGGCUGCUGCUCUCCUGACAACCAGCUGUCUGUCAAAGCAUUGUAGAGCAGAAAACAUGUGCUAGUUCUAGGCCUGACUCUUAGAUAUAUUCGUGGGAUGAGACGGACACGUCAUGCCAUGGUCUUCCUGCAUGAACAUGUCAGAUACUGGAAGGGAUGUUUCUAAAAUACUUGCCAGCCCCUACCAUCUGCUGAGGGUAUAAAAAAAACCAAGAGGCAUCUAGGGAAAGGUGGGACUCCUGGAUGGGUUCCAGAAUAGGAAACCAGGAAAAUGUGGAAAAUCCAAGAAAAGGCUUGCUUUCAGCCAUUAACUGUCUUAUCAGUGUUGGUUCCUCAGACCUGGCUAUGCACUGUGGUCUACUAAAAACCUGUCUCCAAAAGUGAAGUACUUUAGUAAGUGCUCUUUCAGGUGUGGUCCUCUACCCAACUGCAGGGAUGCCAGUGUGUAACGCUUGCUUUGUCCCUUUAUGGUUGCAUGAGGUCACCUGUCUUAACAAGCCUUCCUUGGUGGGAGCUGAGUUUGUUUUUGGUCUUCAUAUGUUGUUGUUGUAAAUACUGAGGCCUAAGAGUUCCCGUGAGAGCUUUCUCUUGGCAGAUGCCAGCAUGGAGACAGGCGUGAAGCCUCAGUGGGAGCCCAGGAAAGGAGAUUCCCCUGGACUUGCUCUGCACACAGAGAAGUGACCAAGUGGAUCUGCUCUACUGAACUCACGGUUCUUUUGGGCGCCUCCCUUCGCGUUUCCUAGCUUAAAUGAAGUUUUAAAGUUUAUUUAAUGGAGUCAUACAGUAUUUGCUCUUUUCUGUCUGGGCCCUUUCAGCAGAGUGUGAGGAUGUUUCGCUGGAUUGACUAGCCCAAGCUAUUCUUUUGUUGGUGCUGAUGUUUGCAUGGUUUUCACUUGGAGUUGUUGUGUGCAGCAGGCGAUCUGUGCAGAACUGACUGUGACAGUGCUCUGGCCAUAGCUUGUGUGCAGCAGGCGAUCUGUGUAGAAUUGCUGUGACAGUGCUCUGGCCUGUGCUGCAUGAGCUCUGUCUGCCCUACAUGCACUCUUCAGCAUUCUGUGCUGUCUUCUCAUCUUUACUGUUGCUGAAUAAAGCCUCCUGUGUUACUAAAGAUGCCCAUCGCUUUCAUAUGGACAACUGGCCACAUGUGGGUGGUAGGGAAGUCCCUCUUCAUUCAGUUCCUGGAUGGAGAUUCAGAAAACCAAGUUGUCUUUCUUUUUCAUUAUUGGUUACUCUUACUGCUAUUUUCUGACAGUUCUGUGGGCUGCCUUUUUUUCUUUCUAGGUUUUUUUUUUAUUUAGCAGAUGCUUUUAAUUUUAAUGCACCACGUUAGUUCAUUUAUUUGUGCCUAUCCAAAGGACUUCAGGAUGUCCUGUAUAAUUUUUAGUAGAAAUAUGACACUUUACCAGUUGUAAAUCCAUAAGGAUUUUUAAAAGUAGGGCAUGAAAUGGGGAUUAGACACUCUGCACUUUAGGAUUAGGUUACAUCAGUGGCUCACUGAAGGGUUAAUACUUUCUUCAUCACUGUGCAAUGCCAGUCAAGUCUCUGUGUGGUUGGGUUUGGUUCUAGACUGUGCUCACAGAGCCAUCUCAGUCAGUUAUGGUUCUCUUAACUAGUUAUACUGGGUGUGAGUUUUUUAUAAAUGUCUAAAGCCCUUUUCAGUUACCUACCUGUAUAGUCUCUGUAUUAGAAUUCUGUUGACUUGCAUAUAGAAUAACUUUUAUUUCCAAUUUUCCAACCCAUGAGUGUGGUGCAUGUUUUUGUUUAUUUAGGUCUUUAAUGUCCAUUUUGUAUUUCUCAUAGUUGAGGUUUAUUUAUUAUUUGUGUUUUUUGCUUUUUGUGGUUUUUUAUUUUUUAUUUUUUAUUAGAUAUUUUAUUUAUUUACAUUUCAAAUGUUAUUCCCUUUCCUAGUUUCCCCUCUGAAAAUUCCCUAUCCUCUCCCCCCUGCUCCCCAACCCAUCCACUCCUGCUUCCUGGCCCAGGCAUUCCCCUAUAUUGGGGCAUAGGACCUUCACAGGACCAAGAGCAUCUCCUCCCAUUGGUGACCAACUAGGCCAUCCUCUGCUAAAUAUGCAGCUAGAGCCACGAGUCCCUCUGUGUGUUUUCUUUGAUUGGUGGCUUAGUCCCAAGGAGCUCUGGGGGUACUGGUUAGUUCAUAUUGUUGUUUCUUCUAGGGGGCUGCAAACCCCUUCAGCUCCUUAGGUACUUUCUCUAGUUCCUUCACUGGGGACCCUGUGCUCCAUCUAAUGGAUGGCUGUGAGCAUCUACUUCUGUAUUAGUCAGGCACUGGCAGAGCAUCUCAGGAGACAGUUAUAUCAGGCUCCUGUCAGCAAGCUCUUGUUGGCAUCUGCCAUAGUGUCUGGGUUCAGUGGUUGUUUAUGGGAUGGAUCCCCAGGUGGGGCAGUUUCUGGAUGGUCAUUCCUUCAGUCUCUGCUCCGAGCUUUUUGUGUUUUUUUCAAUCAGUUUUUUUUGGGGGGGGGACCAGGGGGGUUGUGCUGUUUAGAAAUACAAUUAGUUUUUUUAUAGUAAUCUUGUCACCUGACACAUUACUGAAUUUGCUUUUAAAUUUGUUCAUCUAUAAAUUCUUUCAGGUUUUAGUGAGCUCCCACUGUCCGGAUGGUGGCUGUUGUGGGGUUGAGUUUUAGGCUGUCUUGUAGUGAUGUGAUCGCCAGUGAGAAGCUCAACAACCGCCCUGUAUUGUGGCAUCUGGGUCUUGCUUCAGCCAGAAGGAAAACUCCCAACAUGUCAUCACCAGUGUGACAUUUGCUGCAGGUUUUGUGUAAAUGGUCUAUCAGGAUAAGGGUGUUUCCAUCUGUUUUUAGUGUGCCAAGAAUUUUCUCAGCAGAGGGUGUUAAGACCUUAGGUUGAACCACAUGAACCGCAAAUACUUAAUCUUUCAGUCUGUAAAGUUAAAUUUUUUAUUUGGUUUGGCUUAAUAUAUUAGGCUUUCUUUCCUUUUAUUUGAUUAAUGUGAUAAAAUUUCUUAGUUGACUUUUUCUUAUGUUAAUCUAGUCUUAUAUUCUGUAACUGUGGUUUAUAAUAUACACAUAGACCCCAAACUUACUACUUACUUACUUGUUUGUUUUUUUAUUGUUUUGUUUUUGUUUUUGUUUUUGGCUUUUCGAGACAGGGUUUCUCUGUGUAGCCCUGUCUAUCUUGGAACUCACUCUGUAGACCAGGCUGGACUCGAACUCAGAAAUCCGUCUGCCUCUGUCUCCCAGGUGCUGGGAUUAAAGGCGUGCGCCACCACUGCUCAGCUAAACUGUUAAAUUUUGAUGUUAAGCUUAUGCUGGCCCCUUAAAGUAUGAUGAAGUUGUGCUCUUUCUUAAUUCCAGUAUUGGCAGAGAUUUUUGGUAGAGUCAGACUGUUCUGGGACCACAUAUGUUUCCUGUGUAACCUCGCCUCACGACUUUCUACACUUGAGACAAUGUAAGAAUCUAUUCUGUUUUGCAAAUGGAACAGAAAAAAAAUCAAGCCAUAGAUUGUAAUUGGCCUGUGGGCUGUAGCGUGCCCACCCUGUCAAGCUGUCUAAAGAGUUGGUGAAGGCAUUAUCUCUGUAGUGUUGGGAAAACUUCCAGGAGAGCAUCUCUGAGUUUAGUGUGCCCUAACGUGAUAGGACUCUAUGUCCUAUGUGUAGGACAUUUUAUGUCUUCUGGCAUCAGGCUAUUCUUUCUGAAUUUUCACUUGCAGAGUUUCUUCUACAUUCUUAUUUUUGUAUUAACUGAGAGGUUGCGUAUCUCUCCUCUUCCUUCCCAAUAUUGCUUAUUUCUUUUUUUUCAUUGAACUUAUAACUAUUCAGGUAAGUAUUUGUAAAGAUCUGAGCUCAAGUUCUUGAGUUCAACUGCUGGGUAUUUUGUUUGUUUGUCUGUUUGUUUGUUUACCGAUUGAGAUAACUAUUCAGAUCAGUAAGUUUUUCACAUUUUCUUGCUUUGUAGUCAAGGCUCAGAAUUUCCAUAUGUUGCAUGGCUUUAGCAGAUUGUAAGCUUUUUUUUUUUUAAUACCAUUUGCUUUGUAAUUCAGUGAACAGUAUUACCAAAUUUCUUAUGCUACUAUCUCAUUUGCUCCAUGGGUUAUUUGGAAACAGUUAUGUAUUUCCUAGUUUUUUGCUCUUGUUUUGGCCUAUCUUUCAAGUGUUUCCCAAGUUCAGUUCUCUAACAGUUUAGUCAGGUUUGAUAAUCCUGUGCUCAGAUCUGUGGCCUGGCCAGUGUCAGCCCUGCUGUGACUGUGGAUUGGAGGCACCUCCUUUUAGUCUGUCAGGUUUGGUUUUUUGUGUGUUGAGGUAUUUUAAACGGUGUAAAUUGGGAGCCUUACACUUUGGUGUUAGAAUAACCAUCUUUGCUUUGUUAUGUCUUUUCUCCCUCUGUUGCUUCCGAGGGUGUAAAGUCCAAUUUCAGGUUCUUUGAGGGCUGAGCUUCUCAUCAUUUGCAUGUGGCUUGCAAGCUAGCCAGCUACCUGAAAGGCUGAUGGCUCCAAGUGCUCUCCCCCUCUCCCUCCCUUCUCUCUACCAUCUCAUUGGCAUCUCAGAGCUCUGACUGCCUUGACAAUCCUGGUGUUCCAAAGCCUGCAGACACUUAUAUCUGUAACAGUUUAAAUUUUAUCCUUGACCAGAGGGUGGCUUGGUAUAACUCCAGUUGCUGUAGACCAUAGUGGAAGUUCAGGUCUUAGUUACCAGGGCCAGUUAUCCUGUUUUUCAGUCUAAUGACACAGGUAUGCUGUUUGACUACUCUUCAGGGCCCCUGUUCUGCACUGUCCAGACGGCUUUGUUCUCUGUGUUCCAUGCUUUAUAGGAUGCCAUGAAAUGGAGUGGGCUGAGUUGUAUCUGAAGCCGUGAGCCACUCUUAUAACUCUUAUUCAGAUCUUUUACGAGGUGAUUUUUGCUGUACCUUGUAAGUGAUGUGAUGCUUGCCUGCCCGACUUCCCAUCCAGUCCUCUUAGCAUGAGUGAAGAGUCCUUUCAGGAGUUUCCUUGAGAGGUAGUUUGGAAGGAGGUGGUAUGGUGGCUAUCAGGUUGUGGGGGGCCAGGCACAGACUACUUGUUGGGCAGUGGAAGUGUGACUCAAGUCCUUUGUCCUGUGGGGCCAGGGUGUGUUAAAGACCUUAGUUCUUGGUCCUAGGAUCUCCCCUAUUCUCAUACACUGAUUGUAAUCAAGGACCAAAAGGCUACAAUAAACCAGAGGCUGGCAGAUGGAUGGUUUGGCGCUCUCACACUUGAGAUGGAGUGCAAAAUGGCUUCUCUAGAGUAAUUUUUUUUUUUGAGAUAGAAUGCUAGAAGCAUAUUUAUCUUUUGUAAGGAGUAAUCCAUGCAUUUGAUGUAACAUGCUGAGUAUCAUUAACCAUGCAUUUGAUGUGACUUGGUUGUAAAUAGUUAGAUAUGCAUUUGAUAUAACUCGCUGUGUAUACUGAACCAUGCAUUUGAAGUGGCAUAGCUAUGCAUAGUUAGCCAUGUAUUUGAUAUGACAGGGCUGUAUAUAGUUAAGCAUACAUGUGAUGUGAUGUGGCUUUGCAUGGCUAGCCAUGUGUUUGAUGUCACAUGGUUGUAUGUAGUUGACCAUGCAUUUGAUGUCACAUGGCACCUGGGGUGUACAAAGAGGAUGGUAGCAGAAAAAGCCUCGCUUGUGCACACAUCCCAUCCUGGGAGGAGGCUGCUGCUGCUGCAAAGGCUACAUCUCUCACAUUCCAACUUUCUCAUCUUUAGGUUGUCUCCUGAUUUGCAAACUUUAAAAUCCAGUUCUUGAGAAAGGGAUAAUAGCAAUAGAUUACAAGAUCAGAGGCAUCUAGUCAUUUCUAUAGACACCCCAACCAUGGAGUGUGCACACUGGUGGGGCCUUGCAGACGCCAUCUGAAGGGGGCCUCUGGGAGAAGAUUGGCUCUGGGGCAGGCCACUGGAUACUGUGGCCAGCCACAGCAGAGCCAGGCAUUGUGGCAGGACCUCCCCAGCCUGGGCCUGGGCCUGAUUUACCAGCCUGGAGCUGCUUGGAAGACUUGGGUGUGCUGCUCCCAGAGGAGGAGUGGCUCCGCUUACACACUCAGCCUCAGGCCUGUAGCCCAGGCCAAGUGGUUUCUUAAAAAGAAUUCUUCCUCCCCUGAUUAAUUUCUGGCAUGCAGUGCUUGGGAGCUCUUGCGUCAGUAAAUCGUCACGAACCCUCAGUCGUCUGGAUCAGACAUAAACACCAGGCCCAGCUCCACCACCCCUGACAUCCUGCCAAGCCUACUUGCCCUCAAAGCCUCAGGACAGGCAGCUGCAGAAAGAGAGGCAGGGACUAUUGCUGCUCAAAGUCCUCUCAGAGAGUGCCUAACUGCCCUGCAUGCCGUGCUCGUGGGCCAGGAUGCUAGGCUCAGAUGUGACUUAUUUAUGGGACUGUGUGCUGUUUCUCCCCUGACAUUCCAGACACAUCCACUGGGUAUUUUACUCUUUGGGAACAGUUACUGCCUUCCGUUGGCAUUCUGUUUGAGUUUAUAAAGGUCCCUGUGUGAGAUUCACCUUGUGGUUUUAGCAUCAGGGGAGUCUAGAGAGUGAGUAUGUUUCCUGCUGUCUGGACAGAACUUUCUGAAGUCUGAGGAAUUCAGUGAACUCCCCAUCAGGCCUUCUCACCCAUAGGUGAGGCCGUCUCUCCUCUUGUCUCCUUCCUCCCCUCUGUCUAAGACACACUUUUCGUCUUGGCGUGUAAUAUCAGAAGAGGCCAGAACAGGUGAAGUUUCACCAGAGCUUCUUCAGACUCCUGGAAAACGACUUGUAACUGCUGUCCUGCAGUCAGUGGGAGACACAAACAUUAGGGCUUCCUAGGGUAUCUUUAGGGAACAUGUGUGGCUGUAGCCUCUGUAAUCCAGCUGUUGUAGAUACUAAGGGGUGAUAUUGGGGGCCCUGGCCAUAUUUUAUGGUUGUGUCAGGCCAUGCUGUGUUUGAGACAGAGUUCCUUAGAGGCUCCAGAGGCAGAGUUACAAGUGUAGUGUUGAGUGAGGUCUUGCCCAGGUAGCCUGUGCAGAACAUGUUAUCAGGGUCUUUCAUUAUUUUCUUCUAAUUUUCCACCUCUACAUCCUUGCCACAGUUUAAGGAAGAUUUAUGAAUGAAAAGUAAAUCUAGGGUGUAAGCAAUACUAACAUAUGUGAUGCUAAAGACAGAGUGACCUGUUUUAGCCAUAGUGUCCCUUGGUGGGUUCUAGGGCUCUGCCAUGGUGGAGCUAGAGUUCAACGCUUCCCAUAACAUCUGAACUAUAUGCUAGGCAUGGCCGCUUUCCCCCUGACCCCAGGUAGUGGAAGAAUGCUUAUUAGGCUCAAGCUCGCUUGUUAAUGUCAUUUGUUCCCUAAGCCUUAUGCCUUUCUGGGAAUGUACAGCUUCUGCUGCAGGUGUGGUGAGGCCCCAUGGCUGGGACAAAUGUUCAGGUGCAGCUGAGAGAACAGAGCCAAGCAGGGCUCAGCUUAUGAGACCCCAGGUCCCUGUGGCUUCUGGGGGUUCUACAGUCUCUGGUUUUGAAACAUGUUUAGUAUAGGCAGUUAAUCAGUCAUCAUAGGCUUUUCCUGGAAGUGUGUGUGUGUGUAUGUGUGUGUGUGUGUGUGUGUGUGUGUGUGGUGGGGGGUACUAUUGCAGGUGAUGUGGUCUCAGUGGUUCCUUGAGCCUGGGAAAGUCUUGGGUCUGUGUGCUUCUCUUAGGAAUGAGAGCAGAAUGUUCUCUGUGGACAGGGUAUUCAUGGGAACUGCUCCACUGACUCCAUUUGCUGUAUGGAGUCUUAGGAUAACAUGGAAGUGGGCCUCUAAAGCCACAGAGGCAGUAGCUGUUAGCUUGUAAAGGUCCUGAGUUUCCCAGUUAGCCUUACUCUUCCUAACAACACAUGGCACCUAUGGUGGGUUCCCCAUUCUUCCUGAGGUCUUUCAUUUAGUGUGUCUUGAACACUUUUAUAUAUCAGUUACAGCCUUUGCCUGGGUGUAGCAACACAUUCCUGUAAUCCCUGAAUUCAGAGGCAAAGGCAGGAGGAUAGAGUUCAGGGCCUAGGCUGGUCUAUGCUGUGAAGCACUUAACUCUUUCCUUUAUACUUGGGUGUUAUUCUGAUCUUUUCCAACUUGCAUGUGGGUCUCUUGGCUCAUUGUGUGUCUAUUAUUUAUUGUGGCAAAUACAGGCAGCGAAACAUUCCUGCUCUGACCAUCUUUAAGUGUAUCUGAGUGAUGACACUAGACUGCACGGUUAUGCAUCAUUUUCAAACUCUGACCUUUCCAAACAGAAAUCGUGCCUUUCAGUACUAGCUGUGCAUCCCCUUCCCAGCCCCAGUGGCAGCAGACAGCCCUAGGUACCUCGGGUAGGUACGACUGUAGUGCUUGUCCUCUGCCAGGCUAUGUGAGCAGCACAGUGUUUUAGGAAUCGUCUCACUCCUUCCCCAGGCUGAUACAUGUCCCCUCUGUAUGAGCUACACCUUGUUUACCCAUUUUGCUGAUGCAGACUCGGGUCAUUUUAGGUUUUAGGUGCUGUGAAUAUUGGUGGACUUGUAUCUGUUUGAGUCCCUACUUCGAAUUCUUGGGGGCAGACCUGGAAGAUCAUGAGAAUGCCACAUGAAAUUGUUGAGAAACCACAGUUUUCACAUUUUAAAUAUUUUUAUAAAUUUUUUAUCAGCAUUGUUCUGUGAGUCCACUUUUUAAAACACCUCCUAAUUUUUGGUACCUUGCUUUUGUUAAAGAUGUCAUUUCACCAUGGUUUUCAUUUGCAUUUGCUAGUAAGUAGAGCUGCCGAGCAAGCACCUCCCAUGUGCUCACUGGGGAGACACUGAUGCAUCUUCUUUGUGGAGAUGUCUAUCUAGGGUUUGGCCGCUUGAGUGGGUUUUUUUUUCUUACUGUGGAUUGCAGAAGUACUCGGUGUGCUUGGUCUACCGCUUGCCCGGGCGUCUCCCACUCAGUGUUGCUUUUGAGUUCUCUAGUGUCUACUUUUGAGGAGGUUCAGUUCUUGUUUCUGUUUGUUAAUUGACUUUGGUGUCAUGUCUAAGAAGCUGUUGCCAGGUCCAAGGUAUGAAGAUCUGCUGUCUGAUGGACUUUCUGGCCGAGACCAGCCUGUGGAGCUGCUGAAUCCUGCCCGUGUGAACCACAUGCCCAGCACGGUGGACGUGGCUACAGCGCUGCCUCUGCAAGUGGCCCCUACAGCAGUACCCAUGGACCUGCGCUUGGACCACCAGUUCUCACUGCCCUUGGAACCUGCAUUGCGGGAGCAGCAACUGCAGCAGGAACUCCUAGCACUGAAACAGAAGCAGCAGAUCCAGCGGCAGAUACUCAUUGCAGAGUUCCAGCGUCAACAUGAGCAGUUGUCCCGACAGCAUGAGGCACAGUUGCAUGAACAUAUCAAGCAGCAGCAGGAGAUGCUGGCCAUGAAGCACCAGCAGGAGCUGCUGGAGCACCAGCGGAAACUGGAGCGGCACCGGCAAGAGCAGGAGCUGGAGAAGCAGCACCGUGAGCAGAAGCUGCAGCAGCUCAAGAACAAGGAGAAGGGCAAAGAGAGUGCUGUGGCGAGCACAGAGGUGAAGAUGAAGCUGCAGGAGUUUGUUCUCAACAAGAAGAAGGCUCUAGCCCACCGGAACCUGAACCACUGCAUUUCCAGCGAUCCCCGCUACUGGUAUGGGAAGACACAGCACAGCUCCCUUGACCAGAGCUCUCCACCCCAGAGUGGGGUGUCAGCCUCCUACAACCACCCCGUCUUGGGAAUGUACGACGCCAAAGAUGACUUCCCUCUUAGGAAAACAGCUUCUGAACCUAACCUGAAAUUACGCUCAAGGCUUAAGCAGAAAGUAGCUGAGAGACGGAGCAGCCCCCUGUUGCGCAGGAAAGAUGGCCCUGUGGCCACUGCUCUAAAAAAGCGACCCCUGGAUGUUACAGACUCCGCAUGCAGCAGCGCCCCUGGCUCCGGUCCCAGCUCUCCAAAUAGCAGCUCUGGCAACGUCAGCACUGAGAAUGGCAUCGCACCCACUGUGCCCAGCGCUCCAGCUGAGACGAGCUUGGCACACAGACUUGUGACUCGAGAAGGCUCAGUCGCCCCACUUCCUCUCUACACGUCACCAUCCUUACCCAACAUCACCUUGGGACUUCCUGCCACUGGCCCUGCCGCUGGUGCGGCAGGUCAGCAGGAUGCUGAGAGGCUUGCUCUCCCAGCUCUCCAGCAGCGGAUCUUGUUCCCUGGGACCCACCUCACCCCGUACCUGAGCACCUCGCCCCUGGAGAGGGACGGUGCAGCAGCUCACAACCCCCUCCUGCAGCACAUGGUCCUGCUGGAGCAGCCACCCACCCAGACACCCCUUGUCACAGACUGGUAUCUUUCAGGCCUGGGGGCGCUGCCCCUCCACUCACAGUCCCUGGUUGGUGCGGACAGGGUGUCCCCAUCCAUUCACAAGCUGCGGCAGCACCGCCCUCUGGGGCGCACGCAGUCAGCACCCCUGCCGCAGAACGCACAGGCCCUGCAGCACCUGGUGAUCCAGCAGCAGCACCAGCAGUUCCUGGAGAAGCACAAGCAACAGUUCCAGCAGCAGCAGCUGCACCUCAGCAAGAUAAUCUCCAAACCUAGUGAGCCACCUCGGCAGCCUGAGAGCCACCCAGAGGAGACAGAGGAGGAGCUCCGUGAGCACCAGGCCUUGCUGGAUGAGCCCUACCUAGAUCGGCUACCUGGGCAGAAGGAGCCCUCCCUGGCUGGUGUGCAGGUGAAGCAGGAGCCCAUUGAGAGUGAGGAGGAAGAAGCGGAGGCCACUCGAGAGACAGAGCCCGGCCAGCGCCCAGCCACUGAGCAGGAGCUGCUCUUCAGACAGCAAGCCCUCCUACUGGAGCAGCAGAGGAUCCACCAGUUAAGAAACUACCAGGCAUCUAUGGAGGCUGCUGGCAUCCCUGUGUCAUUUGGCAGCCACAGACCUCUGUCUCGGGCACAGUCCUCCCCAGCAUCUGCCACCUUCCCCAUGUCAGUCCAGGAGCCCCCCACCAAGCCAAGGUUCACCACAGGUCUUGUGUAUGACACACUGAUGUUGAAGCAUCAGUGCACCUGUGGGAACACCAACAGCCACCCGGAGCAUGCUGGGAGGAUCCAGAGCAUCUGGUCCCGCCUGCAGGAGACUGGACUCCGUGGCAAGUGUGAGUGCAUCCGUGGACGCAAGGCCACAUUGGAGGAGCUGCAGACAGUGCACUCGGAGGCCCACACACUCCUCUACGGCACAAAUCCUCUCAACAGACAGAAACUGGACAGUAAGAAACUUCUAGGCUCGCUGACCUCAGUGUUCGUCAGGCUUCCUUGUGGUGGUGUUGGGGUGGAUAGCGACACCAUAUGGAAUGAGGUGCACUCGUCUGGGGCAGCCCGCCUGGCUGUAGGCUGUGUAGUGGAGCUGGUCUUCAAGGUGGCCACGGGAGAGCUAAAGAAUGGCUUUGCUGUGGUUCGUCCCCCAGGACACCAUGCCGAGGAGAGCACACCCAUGGGUUUCUGCUACUUUAACUCCGUGGCAGUUGCAGCCAAACUUCUCCAGCAGAGGCUGAAUGUGAGCAAGAUCCUCAUUGUAGACUGGGAUGUACAUCAUGGGAAUGGGACCCAGCAGGCCUUCUACAAUGACCCCAAUGUUCUCUACAUGUCCCUGCACCGCUAUGACGAUGGGAACUUCUUCCCAGGAAGUGGAGCACCAGAUGAGGUGGGCACAGGGCCAGGCGUGGGUUUCAAUGUCAACAUGGCUUUCACGGGUGGCCUCGAACCCCCCAUGGGAGACGCUGAGUACUUGGCAGCCUUCAGAACGGUGGUUAUGCCUAUCGCAAAUGAGUUUGCCCCAGAUGUGGUACUGGUGUCAUCGGGCUUCGAUGCUGUGGAGGGCCACCCCACACCUCUUGGAGGGUACAAUCUCUCUGCCAAAUGUUUUGGGUACUUGACAAAACAGCUGAUGGGCUUAGCUGGUGGCCGGCUUGUGCUGGCCCUUGAGGGAGGCCAUGACCUGACAGCCAUCUGUGAUGCUUCUGAAGCCUGCGUGUCUGCUCUGCUGGGAAACGAGCUUGAGCCUCUGCCAGAAAAGGUUCUACAUCAGAGACCCAAUGCCAAUGCUGUCCACUCCAUGGAGAAAGUGAUGGACAUCCACAGCAAGUACUGGCGCUGCCUGCAGCGUCUGUCCUCCACGGUGGGGCACUCUCUGAUUGAGGCGCAAAAGUGUGAGAAGGAAGAAGCUGAGACAGUCACCGCCAUGGCCUCGCUGUCUGUAGGCGUCAAACCUGCUGAGAAGAGAUCUGAGGAGGAGCCCAUGGAGGAGGAACCACCACUGUAGCCCGAAGCUGCUGUUCUCUCCUUUGUUUGUCUGUCUUGAAGCUCAGCCAAGAAACUUACCCGUAUCACUCCUGCGUCCUGCCUUGGUGCUCUCUUGAGUACAAAGGGACAGCAGGCGUGCAGCAGCAACGGGAAGCCUUUCUGCCGCCCUGGACCACAGGUCUGGAGACGCACACGGAACACCGGGUGUGGCAGAUCACAUGGAACACAGGACAGCGCGCAACACACGGGCACACAGACAUGUGGAAGCCAAGCACACGCUGGUGGCUCCCCCUCCCCCUGGGAAGCCUCGAAGGAAGAAGCUUGUGGCAACUUGGGCAGAGUUGCUGAAUCAAGUUGACAUGAGGAAAAUGAAAAUCAAAGAUCUAAUAAUACAGAACAAACUUGAUUAAAACUGGUGCUUAACAUUUGAUUCUUACCCACAAUCCCACAGUCUCCGUGUAAACCACUCAACUCAUCUUGUAGCUUUUUUUUUUUUUUAAACGAAAACAAAACCAUUUUCUAUGGCUCUGGCCUGCCUUGUGAACCUUAGUGGGGUGCUGUGGGGGUUCACAGCUUAGUGAGGGACAGAGUUGGAAGAAAGUUUAAACGAAAAAAAAAAAAAAAAAAAAAAAAACUGGACAGAACAGAAAUGUGAGCCUGGGAAUCAGCUGGAGCUUCUCGACGCCACCGGAAGAUGCGAGUUUGUGCCUUUUUUAUUGCUCUGAUGGAAGUUUUUGUGGCUGGGUUUUCUGAAGUCUGAGGAACAAUGCCUUAAGAAAAAAACAAACAAAAACAAAACACCACUGAGAAUUGGUGUGACAGUGUCCUGUGGCUGGCUGAGCCUGGCAUUACAAGAGUGGGCACCAGCCACUGUCCCCGAGGGCCGAAGUACAGCCAGCCUUGCUUGGUUUGAUCGCCAUUUAAGGAAGAUGAGGUAGUUCCAAAAAGCAGCGAACGCCGCCAGCAGUUUUAAAGUCUAACACAUUUUAAACGGAUCCAAAGUCUUCUUUCCUCAUCCGUCACUUAGCAGUUGAGCAUCUCCAUUCGGUUGUGAAGCAUGUCGUAGGCACACUGCAGUGUUACGAUCGGAAUGCUUUUCAUUAAAAGCAGGUAGCAUGAAGUAUUGCUUAAAUUUUAGGUAUAAAUAAAUAUAUAUAUGUAUAAUAUAUAUUCCACUGUAUUCCAAGCUAAGAAACUUGAUUCUUAUGAGAUCUUGAUAAAAUAUUUAUAAUGCAUUUAUAGACAAAGUAUAUAUAAAUAUAUAUAAUAAAUCCAGACCGCAGAGGUCCUGGCAGGUGAAAGACGUGUGUUAGCUCUGAGGUGCUGAGGGCUGGGGUCUGGAUUGAAGCCCAAGGGUUUUUGAGCUCCAGAUUGGCCAGCUUCCAGAUUGCCAGCAUGUUCACCCCUGGGCAACUUCCCUACCAGUUUGUACUUUAAUUUUAAUUAUUUUCUAACAGAACCUCUGCCCUCGCCAAGACUCCAUGCACAUAUGUACCUGAUGAGUUUUUAUAGCAAAAGAUAUAAACUUGCUGUUGAUUUUUGUAUGAAUUUUUCACAAAAAAGAUCCUGAAGAAAACAUUAUUUUGUGUAUUUUACAUUUUUCCCUUACCAUUCAGCAGUUUUCUGAAGGUGGUAAUGUCUGAAACUUUUUCUUUCUAAAUUCUUACUUGUACAUUUUUUUUAGCUCUGAAGGUUAUUUUUAUGGUUUGAUUUUGUUUCUUUUUGUACAGCAAGCAGGGUUCUGCUUUGAGCAAGAGCGCUGCUAUCAUGCUUGGUUUUUUUAGAGCAAACCUCUCGAGAUUGGGCAGCAGGUCUGCGUGGCACCCUGGUCUUGUCCAGCUCACCCGGGAGCAGCACAGCCAGGGGCUUCUGCCCUGCAACACCGCUAGUAUUACAGGGCGGGCAGGCCUCGUGAGCCGUGAGGGUGGUUGGCAUUAGUGAAUGUGGACUUGUAACCACUCCAUCAGGAUAGAACCCCAGCUCGAGUUUCCCAAAGACCUUUGAGGCUCUGGCCCUGCACCUGUUCAGGAAUUUCCAUUGCGGCCUCAUAACCUGGACUCUGGCUAGAGCCAUAGCCCUGGGUUUGUAGCCUGUGGCCGCUGAACCAAGGCCUUUGUCCUUGUCCUGCAGGAAUACACAGGGUCCUGAGGGACAGCCAGUCUUUGUCUUUGCUCUUUUUUUUUUUUUUUCUUAUGACAACUAACUUUUUAACUGCUAACUUCUUUUCUAGCACUUAAAGCCGCCAGUUUCUUUCCAAAGUAUGUGGAGUUCAGACUGGUGAGAGGAAGUUGAGAUACUCAGAAGGGACAUCAAGCUAAGCUUCUGAAUUUGGUGGCAUUUACAGGGUAGAUGGGAACUGGGUCAAGCUUUUGACAGACAGGCUGAGCACACAUUCUUGGACUUUUGAUGGCUGGGCUGCUGUGAGUGCUGAGCUAAGACAGAGGGUGGAGAGGUCUUAGGACGUCACUGACUUUGCCCUCCCUGUGGCUGCUCUGGCCCUUGGAGAAGGAGCAGACUUGAGGGAGCCCAUGCAACCUCUCCCUUGCUUGUCACUGCAUGGCGACAGAGGCCAGCUAGCUGCUCUUCUGGCCGCCUUGGCCCAUUUACUGCAAACCCUGCCACCUGCCCUCUUGUGCCAGCCACGACUCGUGGGAGGUGCACCUCAUCUUACUUUUUCAGGUGAGGGGUAACAGGCCACUCAGUGGCCAGGGUACUGUGAGAGGGACUCACUUUGGUCCUAUUCAGUCACCCUUUGAUGCAGGGGCCUGGCCAGGGAGCCAACUCACUCCAGCUUCCCUGUGAGCUGAAAGCAUUACCUACCAUAUAGCCUUUUCUUCCCUUUGAAGACACAUGUGGCCCUUCCCCACAGUCAUCACCCAGGGCAGAGGGCAGAAGGUCAGCCUUGACCUCCAGGGCAGGACCACAGCACUCCCCUGCCUGGACCUUGAACCUUCCACCUUCUCCCUUCUUUUGCAGAGGCCUUGGUGGGUGCUGGGAAGGGAGCUGGGAGCAAGCACUUUACAUCCCUUUAAGGGAAGCCCAAAGCACCGUGUCCUCAGGAUGCCGGUGUCCACUCACCUUGGGUCUUCCACCUGCACCCUGAGAGCCCACGCUCCACCAGCAGGCGGCCGUUCCAAGGCCACUACCCACUGGGACAUCCCAGGGCUCUGGCUUGAGGGCCGCUUUAUCAAAGUGUUUCAGUUUUUCUUUACUUUCGAAUCUGUCCCCAAGAGGAAGGACCAUCCUGCAGUGGUCUCCACAGCACUGGUGAUAGACUUGGUUGUGUUUCUUUCCUCAGAACAUUCCUUCUUCACUGGUCACAGCCACGUGCUCAUUCCAUCCUUCUUUUUGUAGACUUUGGGCCCAUGUAUUUUAUGGGCAUUGAUACAUAUAUAAAUAUAUAGAUAUAAAUAUAUAAAUAUAUUUUUUUAAGUUUCCUACACCUGGAGGUUGCAUGGACGUACGCCGGCAUGUCUUUAUAUUGUAUACAGAUUUUGCACGCCAAACUCGGCAGCUUUGGGGAAGGAGAAACAAUGCCUUUCUUUCCCCUCUCAUGAUGUUUGCAGAUGCAGAAUUUUUUCUGUAAAACAAAACCUUGAAGGAGAAGAGGGGGGAGUUUGAGUCUUAUUGAACUUAUUCUUAAGAAACUGUACUUUUUAUUGUAAGAAAAAAGGACUACUUACACACUUGUCAUUAAGAAAAGUUUACCUAGCACCUUUGACAUACCGAUAGAGAGUCGAUUGUAUCCAUGUGCAAGCCCCACAUUCACACCCUACUGCCUGUCUGGCAAGCUGGCUAGGGGCAUUUUCUUUUGUUUUGUUGGUUUUCUCCUUUUCUCUCCCCACACAGGGCCAGGUGCACCCUGCCUGCUGUCACCAGCCUCUGGUCGAGAACCUGAGGUUCUGGUGAGUCCCCGUCUCAGCACAACUGUGCUGAUGGGUUCCUUCCUUCAGGAAGACACGGGCGGGGGCUGGGUUUCCGAGUUGGGCAGUCCAGGCCUUUGUGAGCCCUAGGUCUCAGCGACACUUGGCACUGGAGGAAACUAUUUCUCCCUCUCAAGGAUCCGGGCGUGCUCUGCACCCGGCCUUGGUGGCCUCACCGGCCUCACGUUGAUCAGAGUCUCCUAUGGAAGAGAAGAAUGCAGACAGGCUUGUUCAGGGUUGUGCACUCCACUGAGGAGAUGCCAUUUCCCAAUCUGUAAGAAUGUUAAACAUGCUGUUUCCAUAUAUGCGCAGGAGGCUGACCUCAUUCAGCAAGAGCUCACUACAGAAGUGUGGUCAAAGCCGCCACCGGAGCGCUGUGACAUGAAGCUGUGUGUGCUCCACAGCCACGACCGCCUUCACUCUGUAACAGCCUGUUUUCUCUUUGAUUGUCUGGACCUCCCCUCCGCGGCGCUUUCUCCUCUUGGCGGGGUUGGGAGUCAUGUUUGGUUUUCUCAUUCUUGUUUUUGUUUUGUGUGGUGGGUUCACUGACCGGCGGUGUCCUCUGGCGGUCACCUCUUUCCACCUCCCGGGUCCAGUGUUUGUACCACAUCACACACUUGUCGCUCUCGUGGUGUAAAUAAAGACUGCGUUAAUUGCCCUCCCA